AUGGUGUAUGGCGGGGAUCAGGGCGCUGGUAUGGCAUAUGGCGGUGAUCAGAAUGCUGGUAUGGGAUAUGGUGGUGAUCAGAAUGCUAGUAUGGUGUAUGGCGGCGAUCAGGGCGCUGGUAUGGCAUAUGGCGGUGAUCAGAAUGCUGGUAUGGCAUAUGAUGGUGAUCAAGGGUGCUGGUAUGGGGUAUGCCGUUGAUCAGGGUGCUGGUAUGGGGUAUGGCCGUGAUAAGGACACUAGUAUGUGCUAUGCUGGUGAUCAGGGCACUGGUAUGGGGUGUGACGGUGAUCAGGGUGCUGGU